AUGCAGGCUGUAGAAGACUCGCUGCUGGUGAGUCUGUUGACUCAAUACUGGCUCCCCAUCUCAGUCUCAGUCAUUGUGCUAUGGCUGGUCAAGAACCGGUUCAACAAUGGCCUACACAAAUAUCCAGGCCCGUUCCUGGCCUCGUUGACCGACUGGUGGCGAUUCUGUGACGUCUAUGGGCAGAGACCGGAAGUGACACAUCAGAAACUUCACGCAAGAUACGGCGAUGUGGUCCGUCUGGGCCCCAACACACUAUCUUUCGCCGACCCCAAGGCUCUGAAGACCAUCUACGGACUGAACAAGGGGUUCCUCAAGUCCGACUUCUACAUAGUCCAGCAAUCAGUGGUCUCAGGCCACCGGCUGGCGUCGCUGUUCAGCACGACGGACAACGACUUCCACUCGCAGUUCCGGCGCAGCGUCAACGCGGCCUUCAGCAUGUCGGCGCUGGUACAGUACGAGCCCUUUGUCGACAACACGACCAAGCUGUUCCUCGACCAGACCGAGAAGCUGUUCGCCAACAACAUCGACGGCUGCGACUUCACCAAGUGGCUGCAGUUCUACGCCUUCGACGUCAUCGGCGAGAUCACCUACAGCAAGCGCCACGGCUUCGUCGAGAAGAACGAGGACAUUGACGGCAUCAUCAAGUACCUGGCCAACCUGUUCCUCUACGUCGCUCCUGUCGGCCAAAUCCCCUUCCUCGACCUCAUCUUCCUCAAGAACCCGCUGUAUCUUAAGCUCUCGCAAUGGGGUCUCAUCGACUCGACCUUCCCCGUGGCCAAGUUCGCGCAGGCGCGCAUGGCGGAGCGGCUGGGGACGGGGGCGAAGGGGGCCGGGGCCAAGUCGCAGCCGCUGCUGCCGGUGGCGGACGCCAAGGUGGGCGUCAAGUCGCCGGACCUGCUGUCCAAGUUCCUGGCGGCGCGCGAGGCGCGGCCCGACUUCAUGUCGGACACGCUGGUGCAGACCAUGGCCGUGUCCAUGGCCUUCGCGGGCUCCGAGACCACGGCCAUCUCGCUCGCCAGCGUCUUCUACUACCUGCUGCGCAACGAGGCGGCGCUGGAGCGGCUGCGCGCCGAGCUCGACGACUUCGCGCGCCAAGGCGGCUUCAGCGACGUCCAGUCCGGCCUCGUCACCUGGACCGAGGCCCAGAAGCUGCCCUACCUCGACGCCUGCAUCAAGGAGGCCUUCCGGCUGCACCCGGCGGCGGGCCUGCCGCUGGAGCGCAUCGUGCCGCCGCAGGGGGCCGAGAUCGCGGGCGAGUUCGUCAAGGGCGGCACCAUCGUCGGCUGCUCGGCCUGGAUCAUCCACCGCCGGCCCGAGAUCUGGGGCCCGGACGUCGACGUCUACCGGCCGGAGCGGUUCCUGGUGGACGAGAGCCUGACGGGCGAGGCGCGGGCUGAGGACGAGAAGCGCGUGCGCGAGAUGAACGGCAUGAUGUUCCAGUUCGGCAUGGGCAGCCGCACGUGCAUCGGCAAGAACAUCAGCCUGCUGGAGAUCUACAAACUGGUACCCAGUCUGCUGCGGCGGUUCGAGAUCCGUUUCAAGGACCCCAACGAGGAGUGGCAGCUGGUGAACGCCUGGUUCGUCAAGCAGAACAACUUCCAGGCCAUGUUUGAGCCGCGAGAAAUCGUGCAGCCUGUGGCAUAA